AACAAGUGAUGACCGUGAAAUCAAAAUAAAUGAACUGAACACUGUUUGAAUGUUUUAAUCUUUAAUCAGCAUCUAAGCACACUAGCCAUGUUCGUGUUGUCUUGUGAUAACAGGCAGGUUAUCUAAAUGACUUAAGAUAAAGGUAAAGGGUCAGAUGUUGUGAGCGUGCUUCAACUUCCAAUAGAAGACUUUUUAGCUCCUCUUUCAAAGUAAGAGUCCAGACACACAGAGGCAUUAUAGAGGCUCAAUUAGCCCAAUGAGCAUUAGCUUUAAUUAAGAUCUGACAGCCUUUCAUCCUGAUAGAUUGUUUUGUGGACAGUUAUCAAUGACCAGGGUGUCAUUUCUGUUCCAUUAGAUUUCAACCAUUCACCACAGAUUGAUGAAGUAAUCAGACUAACUUUCAUUUUUGAUUUUAGGAACCUCACUUGAGUGAAAAAUCUCACCACAGCGAGCACUCAGCAGCUCAGCAGCUCAGCAGCUCAGCAUCGUACGAGCGAAAGCUCCAGGGAAGCUUCUGAGUGCUCGCUGUGGUGAGGUUGUUUUGUCCUGUGUGUAACAUGUGUGACUGAUAUUUACUGACACUUCUCUAACCCUCUGUUUCCUCUGCAGCACAUCGGCCUCCCCAUGUUCUCCCCCACAAGCCGGCCAAAGAGGGUCUACCAGAUGACGCACGGGGUCCUGAACCUGCCCAGGAACCUCCUGCUGGACUGGAUCUUUGGACACUCGCUUAUCAACUGCCACGUGGAGCACCAUCUCUUCCCCUUCCUGUCUGAUAACAUGUGUUUGAAGGUGAAGCCCGUCGUGUCCAAGUAUCUGACCGAGAAGAAGCUCCCGUAUCAGCAGGACAGCUACCUCUCCCGCCUGCAGCUCUUCUUCAACAAGUACCAGGAGCUGAUGGUGUUUGCUCCGCCCAUCACAGAGCUGGUGGGGGUGCAGUGAUGACAGGAAGUGGUCUGUUCAGACUAAAGAAUGCUGCUGCUGCUGCUAAAGGACACAAACUUCCACUUUAAGUGCUUUUUUUCUAGACAUUUAACGACCUCCACUCUCAGAGUAGUUUUUAACCACAUCAGCACCUUUAGUGUAGUUUGAUAUCAGGAGCUGGUAUAAUAAAAUCCUGCAUAGUUAGGCGUCAUGUAAAAACAGCACAACGAGGACUGCAUUAGGGUUUAACGUCGCUCUAUUAAAGUCUCUCUGGUAGAUUUCUGAACUGGCACUGUAGGGAAACUCCUCCUCAUGAAUAAUCUUCUCAUUCUGGAUCACCUCUGUGUGUUUUCAGGGCGUCAUAUGAAACCGGGCAUUAGUAGAAACUGUGGUUUCAAACCAUUGACUAGUGAAAAAGAAGGAUUAUUGGAGCCACUACCCACAGCAGAAGAAUUGUACUAUUCUCACCAUUUCUUUUUACACUUUGUCUUUUAAUUUGUCUGCCUUUUCAGAGAACACUCAUUCACAGAGAUGAUCAACUUUGUGCUUUAUUACAUGCAAAAAAACCUCAGUAAUCAUUAAAGGUGACUAAAUAUCUAACCUGAAACCUCGGCUAAUCACCUCUCAGCUUUGUUUGCACACUAUACAAACCCUAAACCUCUCUGUUCUGCUUGUACAAAGGAGUGCUUCAAACUUACAACGUGUCUGGGACAUAACGACACCCUGAACCUGCAGCUGGCUCACACUACUGAUACCUGCUUUUAAAGAAAGGCCUCAUUUACACGACGGAUGAGGAUGUUUUGUUUUAAUGCAAAUGAAAUCAGCUCAAAGGUGAGACUGUAACUACACACAGACAUCAAAGUGGUCCAGCGUGUUUCUCUCUUCUGGUAAUAAACAAUUUUUCAAGAUUUAAA